AUGGCCAGCUCAGGAGAUUGCAGCAAGGACGGUUGUUACUACGGCUACCUUCAGUAUGAACCUUCGCUGGCCGGCAAUGCUCUAUUGCUCGCACUAUUUGCAGUUCUACUGCCGAUCGCCUGCAUUUUGUGCCAUCGAUACCACAGCAGCGUCUUCUCGACGAUAGUCGCCACUGGCCUCUGCCUUGAGGUCAUCGCGUAUGCCAGUCGCCUACUACUUGCGACCCAUGAAGAUGGCGACAAAACCGAAUUCGUCCUCUCCUACAUUGCGACUAUUCUGGCCCCUACAAUCAUAUCACUCGCCAUCUUCCGGCUUAUGCCGCCAGUUGUGGCCGCGUACGGCGAACAGUUCCGCGCUUGGAGACCAAGUUGGCACAACGUCGUCUUCUAUGCAUUAACAGCCAUCUGUGUGGUGUUGCAGGCAGUUGGAGGAGUCCUUUCGACAGUUCCAAAUGAUCGCGCUUUGAAUGACACCGGGGUUCGAGUCCUUGUAGCCGGCUUUGCAGUUCACAUAUCGAGCCUUCUUAUCUUUACACUUCUUGGAUUUCGCUUCGCCCUGGCUGUUCGAGAGAGGAAAGGGGGCCUUGAUACAAGUGGUGUUGCAGUAUACAACAAAAAACGAUUCAGUGCCUUUCUUUUUGGUUUGGGCAUCGCCACGCUACUCCUCUCGACACGCACAUUCUAUCGCAUGAUCGCUAUCUCUGAGGGGCUAUCAAGUGCCCUCGCACAGAAUGAGAUCCUAUUCCUUGUCCUCGAUGGAGUGCUUGUGUUCAUCGCCUCGGCUCUUAUCAUAGCACUAUUCCCCGGGCGCAUGCUCGGAGGCUCCUGGCGGGAACCCUUGACCCAUAAGCGCAAGAUGUCACAGAAGACUGUGAACAGACCUGCGCCCAUUCAACUCCAGCAAGGCCAACAAUAUCGGGCGUCCUACAGUCCGAAAUACAGACGCGUCAGUCUCAAAUCGAGCAACAAUGUGUCUCCGAGGUACUCUCCACGCUACUCGCCACGGCACUCACCGAGAAAGGCUGUCGUACCCCAGAGAAACGCAAACCUGGUGGACAGUAAUGCCUUGUGGUAG